AUGGACACUAGACUCAAAUACAAGAAACACAUUGCGAGAGCCGCAUCCAAGGGCCUAGAAGCAGCAAUGGAACUCAGACGGCUCAGAGAUCUGUCUCCAUCAUCAGCGCGACAACUAUUCAAAUCGACCGUUACCACCGUCGUGGACUACGCCUCUAAUGUCUGGAUGCACGCUUUCAAAGACAAGGCCAUUAGACCAAUCAACCGUGUCCAAAGGGUAGGAGCGCAAGCGAUCGUGGGAACAUUCCUCACAGUCGCAACCAGUGUGGCAGAAGCAGAGGCUUAUAUUGUCACUGCGCAAAGCCACUUCUAG